ACGAAUUACACAUUUAGUACUUUGUUAAAUUUUAAUUUAAUUAAAUACAAACUAAUAUAAGUUAAUAAAAUGGCUCCAGUAUUCACAAAUUCUAACGGUGCUCCAAUCCCUGAACCAUUCGCUACUCAAAGAGUAGGUAAGCAUGGUCCAUUGUUGUUGCAAGAUUUCAACUUGAUUGACUCUCUUGCUCAUUUCGACCGUGAAAGAAUUCCAGAAAGAGUUGUUCAUGCCAAGGGUUCUGGUGCUUAUGGUGAGUUUGUUGUCACUGAUGACAUUACUGACAUUUGUGGUGCCAAAUUCCUUGAAAAGGUUGGUAAGAAGACUAGAAUCUUUACCCGUUUCUCCACUGUUGGUGGUGAAAAUGGUUCCGCUGACGCUGCUAGAGAUCCAAGAGGUUUCUCCACCAAGUUCUACACUGAAGAAGGUAACUUGGAUCUUGUUUACAACAACACUCCAGUCUUUUUCAUCAGAGAUCCAUCUAAGUUCCCACACUUUAUCCACACUCAAAAGAGAAACCCAGAAACUAACUUGAAAGAUCCAAACAUGUUCUGGGAUUACUUGACUUCUAACCAAGAAUCUAUCCAUCAAGUUAUGAUUCUUUUCUCUGACCGUGGUACCCCAGCCAACUACAGAGAAAUGAAUGGUUACUCUGGUCACACUUACAAAUGGUCUAACAAGAAGGGUGACUGGCAUUAUGUUCAAGUUCACUUCAUCUCUGACCAAGGUGUCAAGACCUUGACUAAUGAAGAAGCUGGUGAAUUGUCUGGUUCUAACCCAGAUCAUGCUCAAGAAGAUUUGUUCAAGAAUAUCGCUGCUGGUAACGGCCCAUCUUGGACUUGUUACAUCCAAACUAUGACCCAAGAACAAGCCAAGAAGGCUCCAUUCUCUGUAUUCGACUUGACCAAGGUUUGGCCACACAAGGACUACCCAAUGAGAAAGUUUGGUAAGUUCACUUUGAAUGAAAACCCAAAGAACUACUUUGCUGAAGUUGAACAAGCUGCUUUCUCCCCAGCUCAUACUGUUCCAUUCAUGGAACCAUCUGCUGACCCAGUCUUGCAAUCCAGAUUGUUCUCUUAUGCUGACACUCACAGACACAGAUUGGGUGUUAACUACACCCAAAUUCCAGUUAACUGUCCAGUUACUGGUAGAGUAUACAACCCUCACAUGAGAGAUGGUGCUAUGAACGUAAACGGUAACUUGGGUAACAAGCCAAACUACUUGGCUACUUCUGAACCAGUUGAAUUCCAAUCCAACGUCAAGUUGCAAGAAGAUCAAGAAGUUUGGGAAGGUUCUGCUUGUCCAUUCCACUGGAAGGCUACUGAAGCCGAUUUCAUUCAAGCUACUGCUUUAUGGAACACUUUGGCCAGAUAUCCUAACCAACAAAAGAAUUUGGCUCACAAUGUUGCCUCCCAUGCUUCUGGUGCUAGCCCACACAUUCAAGACAGAGUUAUUGAAUACUUCUCUAAGGUUCAUUCUGACUUGGGUAAUGCCAUCAAGAAGGAAAUUUUACAGUUAUCUCCAAGAAAGUAAACUGUAUAGUUUUAUAUAUUAUUAACGAAUUUGAGAUUUUUUAUAAUUUAUGUAACUUCAGAA